ACAAGCGGGAAAGUGUGCGUGAGAGGAGAAUAUUAUUCUGUUCCGUUUGUGUGCUUCUGAAUGUUGAUUCUCAUGAAAUGAAAUGCGUGGAUCAGUUAAAAGUUAAAAAAAUAAAAAUAACAACUUGUGUUGCACAUGUUUCAGUUUCACACCCAACUUUGCUUUAUUAUGUUGUUCUCUGUUUUUCCAAAGUAUGAACUCCAAUUCUGAUUCAAUGUCAACAACACAAACUACUUUUGAUCCCAAGAAGGUGAGAAAGCCUUACACUAUUACCAAGUCAAGGGAAAGCUGGUCUGAUGAAGAACACGACAAGUUUCUUGAAGCUCUUCAACUAUUUGAUAGAGAUUGGAAGAAAAUUGAAGAUUUCGUAGGUUCCAAAACUGUUAUUCAGAUUCGAAGCCAUGCUCAAAAAUACUUUUUAAAGGUUCAAAAAAAUGGAACACUUGCUCAUGUGCCUCCUCCUCGUCCUAAGCGCAAAGCUAUUCAUCCUUAUCCACAAAAGGCUACCAAAAAUGUUUUGGUGCCAUUAGUACCAGCAUCCAUUGCUUAUGGAUCUUCCACAAAUACCCUUGUACCUCCUGGGUAUGUAGCAUGGGAUGAAACUUCCUUGCUCUUGAAUACUGAAUCCAUCAUAUCCAGCACUAAUUGUCAGGAUGAACUCAACAAUCUUCAGGGAAAUGAAGCUGAUAUUGGUGGAUCAAAGGGGAUUAGCAACAGUGGUCUUAGUGGUGUUGGGGACUCUACUACAAGGUCUCAGAUACCAAAACAAGGGAAACAAAAUCCUGUGUUACAUGGUUUGCCGGACUUUGCUGAAGUUUAUGGUUUCAUUGGAAGUGUUUUUGACCCGGAUACAAACGGCCAUGUGCAGAAGUUGAAGGAAAUGGAUCCUAUAAAUUUUGAAACUGUUUUGUUGUUAAUGAGAAACCUCACUAUCAACUUGUCUAGCCCUAAUUUUGAGCCCAUUAAGAAGGCAUUGUCAACAUAUGAUGAGAAUGACGAUGUUGCAGUAGGAGUUACUGCAGGAGUUGAUGUCAAGAAGCAGACAAAUGAUGUAGCAUGUCAAACCACUUAACCACUUGCAAUUUUUGAAUUGGUGGAGUGUGUUUUUCUUCUUAUAUUUUGUAGUUUUCUUUUGCUUUCAUAUUUGUUUUUUUCAUAACACUUCUUCUACAGUUAGUUUGGUCAAAGUUGGAUGGAAGAAUGAGGCAUUGGAAUGUCUUGCAUGCACUCAGCAGUAAAGCCAGUAAAUCUAACUGUUGUGUUUUCCUUUUGUAACCACAGCCAGCAUAGUAUGUGUUAGAAAGCUCAAGAGCACAACAUAUUCUUCAACUUAUUUUUAUGGUCCAUAAUAAUUUUUGUACUGCUGUGAUUACGUAAAUCUGUUGUAUUAUGACAUAUUUUUAAUGGUAGAAAUAUAUCAAAGAUUAUAGGACUAAAA